AUGAAUUCCACCUACAUGAUGUUGCAGGCUGCAAUAAAGUUUAAAAAAGCAUUUGAUGUUUUGGAAAGUGAUGCGAACUAUACAAAGUACUUUGAUGAAGAAAGGUCUAAUGGGAAAAAUAUAGAUGGACCACCAACACAUGUCGAUUGGGACCAAGCAGAAGCAUUUGUUGGAUUCUUGAAGACUUUUUAUGAUAUGACAUUGAAAAUUAGUGGCUCUUUAUAUGUAACGUCAAACACUUUCUUUCAAGAAAUGUGUGAAAUUCAUGCGGAGUUGAAUAAAUUAGCUAAAGAGCCAAAUAGUAUGAUAGGAUCUAUGACAGUUAGCAUGAGAAGAAAAUAUGGUAAGUAUUGGGGAUAUCUUGAAAAGUUUAAUCAAUUGUUGUUCAUAGCAACAAUUCUUGACCCUAGAUGCAAGUUGGAAUUACUUAAAGUUGGGUUAUAUGAAUGCUACAAGGAAAUGAUGACUCCACCAUUAGUCUCACCUAAGGAUGCUACUCAACCUAGAAGCCAAAGUGCUUUACAAACUACUUUGGGAACUUCUAAACCUGUUCCCUCAAUUUUUAGAGCUAGGCUUAUGCAAGAAACUCAAGUAGAGAAGAAUGAUUUGGUGGAUUAUUUAAAUGAUCGUUGUGAAGAUUUGACCAAUGAUGAUUUCGACAUAUUAAAUUGGUGGAAAUUGAAUGAAAAUAAGUUCAAGAUUGUCUCCCAAAUUGCCAAAGAUGUGUUAGCCAUUCAAAUAUCUACGGUUGCUCCUGAGUCUGCAUUCUCUACUAGUGGUCGGAUUCUCGAUCCCUUUAGGAGUUCAUUGAGUGCAAAGAUGGUUGAGGCAGUGAUUUGCACUAAGAAUUGGUUACAUAAUAACAAGGAACCUAUUGUGAUUCGUCAAUAUUUGGAUGAAGUAGACGCAUUGGAUGAUUCAGAAAAAGCUAUAGAAGAUAACGAAUCAUGGGUUACUACUGGAGAUGUUUUGCCAAUUAGUAUUGAUUAA